UUGUUUUUUUUUUUUUGGCAUUUAUUUACAUAAAAUUUAAUUUAAAAAAUUUGUUUUGAUUGAGUUGUGAAUUUGUUGAAUUUUGCUAAAACUAAAAUGGAUGAUUUAAAUCCUUUAGCUGGAACAGCCAAUUUAUUAGAAGAAGUAGAUAAAAAAUUAAUGGUUCUUUUGCGAGAUGGGCGAACACUUAUUGGAUAUUUAAGAUCUGUUGAUCAAUUUGCCAACUUAGUUCUACAUAGAACUAUUGAAAGAAUACAUGUUGGUGACGAAUAUGGUGAUAUUCCAAGAGGUGUUUUUAUAAUACGAGGGGAAAACGUUGUUUUAUUAGGAGAGAUAGAUAAAGAAAAAGAAACAAAACUACCUUUAAAACAAACUUCGGUUGAAAGUAUAUUAGAUGCUCAACGUCGUGAACAAGAACAAAGACAAGAAAAACAUCGAUUAAUAGCAAAAGCACUCAAGGAGCGUGGAUUAGCUGUUAAUUCAGAUAUCAUUAAUGAAGAUUGUUUUUAAAGAUGUAAAAGAAAACAUUUUUUUUUUAUUUUAAUUAUAUAUAAUAUGUAUAGUUAAUUAUAUUUCAUAUUAAUUAUAAUAGGAUUUUCAAAAAAUUUAUAAAACUACAUUCGAGAUAGAAAUAAAAAAAUUAAUAAAAAUUAAUAAG